AAUUGGUUCUCUUCUUUUGCAUUCGUCGUGUCGUGCGGGCGUUAUUCGCGCGCGUUCACAACAAAUCCGUGAAACAGACAUUGUCGGGCCGAAUAAGAAAAAUGUUUAUUACGCCAAACACAAAAGCAACAACGUAACAAAAAAAAAAACACAACAAGAGAGAGAAAGAGCAGCAGCGGCAGCGUCAAGUGCGUGUGUGUUCGAAGAUUAACCCUACAGGGCCCAAGAAGCUUCGGAUACUGCUUUACAUUCUUCCUUGAUAAGCAAUUAGCAAAAUAAAUCAGCUACAACAUGCGCUUUGAGCCUUUGGGCCAGAAAAUGUUCACGCGUCGCAAUUGGCUGCUGCGCUGCAGCAUUCUGAUAAAUGUUGCCGUCAUCUUGUAUAUCGGCAGUCAGCUGAUGAUUGGCGGCGGCAAUAAUUUUGCCAAUGGCGGCAGCUUUAUGUUGCAGGAACAGCAACAGCCAAUGGUGUCCGCAUUACAAAUGGCAGCCGCGUCACAAGUGCCACAGCAGCAGCCUUCUCCCAAGAGCCAGGAUCCAGUGGAGAUCUUUGAAGCGGAAGAGAGGCUGCUGGCCCAUGCAGAUGCCGCAGGAGCAGCAGAGGCGGCCGCAGCAGCGGCGGCAGCGGCAGCCCAAGCGUCAGCGGCUGCCCAAGCAUCGGAAGUUGCGCCACAAAUUCCUGCCAACGACAGCGGUGGUGCACCCAUUCUGAGCGAUCCCAAUCAGCUGAUUGGGAAUAUCGGUGCAGGCGGCCUAAGCGUGCCAAAUGCACCAAAUCCGGAGCUAAACAACACACAAAACGAUGGCUACAUCGUCACCGGCGACGAGAAGGAGCUGGAGGAGCGUGUUAGAUCGCUGAUCAAUUGCUACGAUCGCGACUAUCAUCAGCAGACGCUGCAGCGCGGUGACUUUUGGGUGCUGCAGAACUACGUCCAGGCGGGUCAUGGCGAGGUCAAGUGCCACGAAUCGAUCACAUACACCACCCAUGCGGAUUACACAUUCCUCGAUAACCUCAUCCCACUGCUGGAGCGUUGGCAGGCACCCGUGAGCAUAGCCAUGCAUGCGCCAGGCACAGAUUUCCAGCCCACCGUCGACUCCAUUCGGUAUCUGAGGGAAUGUCUGCCGGGCAGCCAUCUGGUGCGUGCCUACACCACUUUUCACAUUUACUUUGGCACCAAGCACAUACCCAGGGCGGUGCCCAAGCCCCAGGAUGUCUUCAAGACGGGCUACAACUGCACCCUGCCGGCGCCGUACUUUAACAUCACAUCGGGCCACCUGUACAAGGCGCAGAAGAAGCUCCUGUAUCCGGUGAAUGUGGGUCGCAAUAUCGCACGCGAUUCGGCACUGACGCACUUUAUCCUGGCCUCGGAUAUUGAGCUGUAUCCGAAUCCGGGUCUGGUCAAAAGGUUCCUUGAAAUGAUUGCCCGCAAUGAGCAGUAUUUGAGAAGAAAGGCGCCCAGAGUAUUUCCGCUUGCCAUAUUCGAGGUGGAGGAGAAUUCACCUGUGCCACAUGACAAGACAGAGCUGCAGGAGUUCCUGCGCACUGGCAAGGCGAUACCAUUUCAUAAGCGCGUCUGUGCCAGCUGUCAUGGUGUGCCCAAGUCCAAGGAAUGGAUGGCGGCCAAUGAAACGGAUGAAUUGAGUGUGUUUCACAUAGGCAAACGCACUGGUUAUUAUAUCCAUUGGGAGCCCAUUUAUAUUGGCACACAUGCGGAUCCCCACUACGAUGAGCGGCUUAGUUGGGAGGGCAAAAGUGACAAGAUGCCACAGGGCUAUGCGCUGUGCGUUUUGGAUUACGAAUUCCAUAUAUUGGAUAAUGCAUUUCUGGUGCAUAAGCCUGGCAUUAAAGUGCUGAAAAAGGAUAAUCGCAGGGCCAUGUUGUCGGGCAAAACGAAUCAGCUGAUACGAAAGAUCAUUUAUCCCGAACUGAAGAUCAUGUAUGGCAUGCGCAAAGGUUGUGGGAUAUAGUAACUAAUUCUGAAGCCGGAUUUGAGCGGAUUGAGAGCCAAGGCAAAGGCGAAAAGACUACAAAAACAACCAGCAACAACACUAUUACUAUUUGCAAUGCCAUAGAUACACAGAGAUACAUAUGUAGAUGCAGAUAGAUUAUCUAUCUAAAACUAUGGCAUUGGAUGCGCCCUUCAAGUGCGUGUCUUACAAAAAAUUAGCUAAAGACUUAGCCCUAGGAUUUAAUAGAGACAGAAAGAGAGAGAGAGAGAGAGCAGUUACCGUAGUUAGGCUUUAGAAUAUCAGAUCUGUUUUUCCAGGGUAUGUGGAUUGCUCUUUUUCUAUAUCUACAGCAGCCUUCUAGAGAGAGAGAGAGAGAGAGAGAGAGCGAGAGAGAGAAAGAGCACGGCUUAAGUACGUUAAACGUAGUUAGAUUUUUGUGGUCUAUUUUAGUUCUGCUGCUCCGUAAAUGGUGGAACCAGAGAGGGUAGUAUGGUUCCUACUACAUACUUCCUACCAUAUAAUCUUCCUGUAAAUAUUAUUCAUUAAAAAACACAAACACAGACACUCGAGGAUUUGGUUGCAUAUACAUAUGUAUGUAUAGAUUUCUCUACUACUCUUAGGCAGUCAUUAUUCAAUUACUAUUAAGUUAAGUUUAUAUUUUAGUUUAGCCAAUUUCAAUCCACAUUCAAUCCUCCUAUACAUUCACAAGCGUUGAGUUUUGUUUGUUUUUUCCCCAGCCUUCUUUUCCUUUUAUCAAAAUACUCAACUUUUUGUAUACCAGCAACAAGAGAGAGAGAGAGAGAGAGAGAACCCAAUCUAAUGUCUAGACAUUUUGUUAUGGCUCUUCGACUACAGUUCUGUUUUUAGGCCAUAUUUAUUUUUCAUAUGGGCCAUUGUAGACUUAACCCUGCAAAGACCAAAACGUAGAUUACAAACUACUCAACAACCACAACAACAAAUUAGCAGAGAAAUGUUACAACAACAAGAAGAAAAAACUACGUAUUACACAUAGACUUUUGAGAGUUGCUAAAAAAAAAACAAUUAGAGCGCUACCAGCAAAACAAAACAAAAAACAAUAUUAAUAUUACAAAUUAUACAAAAAAAAAAGCAAGAAAGAAAGAAAGAAAAUGAGAAUUGAAUUGCAAGGGGAAUUGCAGUUAAUGCAAAAUUGAAAGAUAAACCACAUUUCAAUAAGCGUAAAUGCAAAAAUAAGUAGAAGAAAAAAAAACAACCGUGAUAUUUGUACUAGUAAAAAUGCGAGAGACGAGAAGGAAGAAAAACGUUAAAUGUUUAAGCGAUAAAUGGGAAAACAGAGAUGAAAAACAUUAAAAACAAAAAACAAAACAAAACCCAAACUUAAAAUUAGUUUUGUAUAUGUUUUUUUAUUAGUGUUGAACAUUAAGUCAAACUUGUGCACAUAUAAAUGUUAAAAACAUAAUGAAAAAAAUCGAAACUAAAUCGAAACUUAAAAAAAAAUUCGAACGAAUGCUGAAGGUUUUUGUUUGUUGAAUAGGCCUUAUCGAAAUAAAUAAUUAAAAAUAAAUUAAAAUUACAGAGAAAUACGAAAAAAAUAUUAGAUCUAAGCAGCUGUGUUUUGGUUGUAGACAACAACAGCAAAAAAAGAAAGAAAAGACAUUUUUGAGCGCGACUUGGGAACAAAAAAUACAUUCGUACAACAAUUUGGUGUAUCUUUGUAUCUAUUUGGAUGUCUAGCAUAUAAGUUUUUUUUAGUUUAAUUUUUCGCUUCGUUUUAUGCGCUCAACAAAAUUUAGUAAGACUCAAAGAAAAUAUCACUAAAAACCUAAAGCAAAAACUCCCCAUUGUUGACGGAAAUGUAGACACGAAAAAUCCCCAUUGUUGAAAAAGUAGACACAAAAAAAAACAAAACAAAAACCAAUAAAAAUAGAAUAUAAAAUUUAAAAAUAAAAAGAAACAACAAGAAUAAAUAAAUAUAUUUGUAUUGAAGUAAAAAGUAUUAAAGUGCCUUAGACAAAUUGAAAAGAAUAUUAAAUAUUUAUAUAAAGACAAGAUGAAUUGAAAGAAAACAAAACCAGACAACAUUUUCCUAAUUUCCACACUUAUUUUUGUACAUAAAUAAAUGCAAAAUGCAAAACUUUUUACAAAACAUUAAUUUAAGCUACGAAUAUAUAUUUUGUAUAUAGAAAGAAAUCAAUUAUAGUGUUUUUCGGGAGCCUUUAGUCAGGGUCCAAAGUACGUGUAUGUAUUUUUUUCCUAUUUAAUUAGUCUUCUUAAUGCGAUAUCUAGCCUGCCAACUAUUAUACGUUUAAUUCUUUAUAGUUUGCACUCGGAAUGUUUUCGCCCCUAAGUUGUCGAUUAUGGAAAAUACAACACAUACACACACAUAAAUAUAGUAUAUUUUUUGUAAGAGUUAAGUGCAAAUAAAUCUGCUGAGCAUGGACUAUAGCUGAGAAUAUAAAGAAAAAGGCUAACAAACACACAGACACAAAAAUAAAACAAACUGAUGAGAGAAAUGCGAGAAAGUAUACAAUGUAAAGAAAAGUGUAAAAAAUAAAGACAAAAAAAAAUCAAUUUGAAAAAAAAUAUAUAUGUAUCUAAGAUUUAUAAUUGUUUACAGGGGGGCGGGGUUCAAAGGUAUGCUGAGAAUUUAUGGAAAUUAAUGGGUUGCCUGGGAGUCUGAUAUUUGCUGAUAGAUCUUCGAUAGAGUCUUGUUUUCAUCCGAAUUUGGAAGUCUUUUAAAGCUUUUAUUGAAGAAAAAUAUGUUCUGCCCCUUUGAUCUCUGCUGAAUAUUUUUAACAACCUUUUCCUGUAAUAAUUGUAUGCCCUAGCAGUCGAAUAACUUAAAAAAAAAACACCUUUAAUAUAUCUAUAAUCUAAUCUUGUACCUCGUUCAACUGCCUUUGCUGUCGUCAUUAGCUGAUUAUGCCUGUUUAAACUUCAAUAUACGUGUUCCUCUUCAUCUUAAUCUUCAGCUCUUGAGUCUUAGCGCCUGAAUAUUCAUCUUCAAUGCUUAAAUCUGUAGCUAAAACUUGUUUGGAUUCUCUAAGAAAAAAAAAAAAAAAUCCCAACUCUGCCUUAAGCCUAAAAACCGCGAUCAUUGUCAAACCCAAAUCGUGGCUGGUGGUUGGUACGGCCGGCCUCUUGGGCGCAGUCCGACCUUGACUUUAAGUUUUUGAAUUUUCAGGUUUAAUUUUGUUGCCUUUGGUGUACGAUUUGUGUGUGUGUGUGUGUUUUAAUGAAAAUAAAAGUGCGAAAUAUGCAAAUAUCCCCACAAAGAUCAGAGAUUAACAUAAAUUGAAUAACGAUUAUUCGUGGCUGGAUAUUUGAUUAAUACUUGAGACAGUUGCUAGCGAAGAACCUGCUGGAAGGAGGAUGGAAGUGACUCAUGUCUCAUCUCACAAGUGGAAUGGAAGCUUUUAUUUUCGCUUGAAAUUUAUGCCAUCUGAUGGCUUUUGCUUUUGUGUUUACUUGUUAUUUAUGAACAUGUUUGGGUUUUUAUUGCAACCUGAGGCUGUGACGGCGAUGGCGACUGCCGACAGCCGACUGCGACUGAGGCUGAAAGCUGUCGCAAUCUUUCGCUGCUACUGCUGCUGGUGCUGCUAGAAGAAGAUCAAGCGACGACGUCUGGGGCUUUACCGGCUUUCAGCUGCACGACUGCGAGCUUCGGUUCGGCUGUCGCCUGGGAUUCGAUUUUUUUUUUUUUGUUACCAGUUAAGAUCUGCGUUGCGUUUCUAGCGCAAAACAGUCGAAAUUGUCAGCUCGUUGAAAGAGCAUCGCAAACGCGUCCGCUCUCCACUUUUUACCUAUUCCGAGUGCUCCCCCACAAAAGGGACAAGGAUAUAUCCUACACACGUACACACACACACA